AGUCUAUUUGAAGCAUUGAAGCAGACAACAACAAGAGGUGAAAUGUUCCGUCGCAAAUUGACACCUACAGUGGUCGUGGUUCUAUUGUGCCUGACAUUUGUUGCAGAUGCACUAACCAUUCAGGAGCUGCGGGCCCAAAUAGCCCAACAGCGCAUUCAACAACGUUACGGCGUAACAGUGGCGACCACUAGCGCAGCAACUACGACCGCAGCAACUACUAGCGCAGCAACUACUAGUGAGGCUACUACUACUGCUGCUGCAUCUACGACACAAGCUUCCGACAGCGACAACACAACGACGACUGCCGAAGCAACGACUACCACCGAGGCCCAAACGACUUCCAGCUCGGACAACUCGACGACGACGGAAGCAGCGGCUACCACUACCGCGGCAUCCGAAACCACUGCUGACUCUUCAAGCACCGGCACGACGAGCGUUGAGGCCGGACUACGAGCCCAAUACCGUGAUCAAGUACGGCAGCAAGCGAUCGAACGUGCCUUAGCCAGGGCUGCCGCGUUUGGUUAAGCGCUUUCGGCAGACCAAAAACUGAAUUAAAAACGUAACAUUUAAAGCCUCCCCUAAAAAUACAGAAGCUCAUAACCGAAACCGAAAGUACGUAAUCUAAUCUAAAUAAAACUCAGCAGGAAUUCUUGCGGACGCGGCGGAACCGGUGCAGACGCACGGUCGUAAUCGUUCAGCACGGACGGUGAAAAUGUGAAAUCGAAAUACCGACCGGAAAGGACACUUGCUGAACAGGGUAGCCACGGUCGAGAUUGGUUUUGCCGCAAUCUCAGAACAUACAGAAUUGGUUGCAAUCCCUCCUCUUCCUCCUUCUUUCACCCACCGACUUCUCGCAAAUCGGAAUCCGCAAAUCCCGAGCAGCUGAAAAGUGCCCUCGUCCCCGGAGCGUGCUACAUUCGUGGCUCUGCCCCGAAAGCAAGAUGAUAGCCCGCAAUAAAACACGAUGAAGUGAAUUUUAAUGAA